AUAAUGUUCUGUUUUUAAAGCAAGGUUACUUGAAAUAUUAGUUGUUAUUGGUGGUGUUGUUGUGGUUGUUGUUUUCUUUAGGAAUUUGCCCGUGUAAAUGAUCUCUAGGAUACAGUGUGGAAUCUCGUCUUCGGUCCAGGUCCUCAACAAGGAGCUUGUUUCUGGCGGCGAGUACCUUUUGAGCGUCGGCUUCACCUACGAAGACGACUUACCGGCUGAAAGUCUCGCCGAAACACUCAAAUACGUGUCGUUCUCGAACCUGAUUACGCACGUUGCACCGUUAGACAUCUGGAACUCGACCGUGGCCGAACCACCCAACCAUUUUAAUAAAGUGAAACACGAGGUCGAAAGAGUGCAGGCGGCUCGCAAGCUGCAGCCCGACAACGUGAUGUGCUACACGCUGACGCUAUGCAUCGCGCACUACGUGGUCCUCGAGGGUACGCCUUUCGAUCCAGCCCGCGGGGAGUUCUUCAAUUUCCACGAAAUGUCAUGUGACCGGAUCUCCGAGAUGGACACGGAGCCCAGUAAAGCCGACGGCGUGUCGAUCGUGUCGGCGGACGGUAGCAUAUACUACGCCUACGACACGAGCGCCACUCUACUGGAUAAGAUACGCCAGUUGGACCCGCACGGCAUGUGUGUCGCUCUGUUCGACGUUCAAUGCGACGACACCGACGACUGCGAGGACGGCCGUUACUCGAGGGUCGACGCCGUGAAGAAAGAAGUGGGCGUUCUGGAAAUGCAGCGGGAACUCAUGCUCCAGCUGCGCCUACGCCACGGACAUUUCUGAAUGCGACAUUCCUUAGAGAGCAAAGCCAUAUACGGCGGCUCCGUGAUGAGCCAGCCGGUCGAGCGUUUCUUUCGCCGAUUGUUGCUUAUUUCACCCUUGCUUGUCUGAUUGUCUCUUCUGAUGGUUUAACGAUUCAACGCGAACAGAUAUGUUAUUGCGACCGCUACACUGAUUCGAUUUGCAUAAAACGCGCCCCUUAUUUACCGCUGGCGUUUUGACGGU